AUGGCAACAAGUGAUGAUUAUGAAAGUCUUCCAGAAUCAGUCCAUCCAUCUAUACAUAUGGCUGCUGGAGCAUUAGCUGGUAUUGGUGAACAUUGUAUUAUGUAUCCCGUUGAUGUUGUUAAAACUCGGAUGCAAUGUAUGAACCCUAAUCCUCAUGCAAAAUAUCGUGGAAUUUCACAUGCUAUACGAGAAAUGAUGGCUAAUGAAGGCAUAUUCAGACCUGUUCGUGGUGUCCAUGUUGUAGCUUUAGCAGCUGGACCAGCUCAUGCACUUUAUUUUUCUUGUUAUGAAAGAAUGAAAAUAUUAUUAAGUGGAAAUUCUCAAGCUGGCCAUAAUCCAUUAGCUAAUGGAAUAGCUGGUUGUUUUGCUACUUUAUUUCAUGAUGCUUUAAUGGUACCUGCUGAUGCUAUUAAACAACGUCUUCAAAUAUAUGCAUCUCCAUAUUCGGGUGCACUUGAUUGUUUACGUAAAAUUCGUCGAGGUGAAGGUUUAUCUGUUCUCUAUCGAAGUUAUACAACUCAAUUAACAAUGAAUAUCCCAUUUCAUUCAGUACAUCUUAUUGUUUAUGAAUUAUUUCAAGAUGAAUUAAAUUAUUCACGACUAUAUGAUCCAUUAUCACAUGUUAUAUCAGGUGCUGGAGCUGGUGCUAUAGCUUCAGCUAUAACAACACCAUUAGAUGUUUGUAAAACAUUAUUAAAUACACAAGAAUGUUGUUUAGCAUCAACUGGUGGUCCAACAUGUUCAUUACCAAAUAAUCCAAAUAUAACACCAACAACAAAUGGAAAUACAGUAUUAGCAACUGCAGAAGCAAGAGGACUUAUAAGUGCCGUUCGUGUAAUAUAUAUUCAAGGUGGUAUAGCUGCUUUUUUUAAAGGUUUAACACCACGUGUUCUUUAUCAAAUGCCGAGUACAGCUGUUGCUUGGUCUUGUUAUGAAUUUUUUAAACAUUUUUUUGCCGGAAAACCAACAAUAUUAUGA